AUGGAGGGUUCAGAAGGAAUCGACUUGCUCAUCGUUGGCGCAGGCUUGCACGGCCUCGCCAUGGCUAAAACGUAUCUCCAAGUCCAUCCAAAUGGCAGACUUCUCGUUAUGGACCAAGCCAAGUCAGUAGGCGGCUCCUGGGCCAAGGAGCGACUGUACCCAGGACUCAAGACCAAUAACACCAUCGGAUCGUACGAAUUCGGCGAUUUCCCUAUGGUCCCAGAACGAUAUGGAGUGAAAGCCCAUGGGCAUAUUCCAGGCGAAGUUGUACACGCGUAUUUCUGCGAUGUCGUGGUGCACUAUGGUAUCGACUCGUAUCUUCGCCUCGAGACCAGAGUGCAGUCAGCAACGCUUGGAGCAGACGGGCGAUGGUCGAUGAGGGUCGAAUCUAUCAAAGAGUCGCAGCAGCGUGCGGAUACGCUUGUGGCUGCGAAGAUAGCCAUUGCCACAGGACUCACCUCCGAGCCAUACAUUCCGACAUUUCCCGGACAAGAAGAUUUUGGUGGGCUGGUACUGCAUUCGAAACAGUUAAAGGAGGAGACCGACAAUCUUGGGUCUUGCAAAAGUCUCGUCGUCCUUGGCGGGAAUAAGUCGGCAUGGGAUGUUUGCUACGCAGCAGCCCAGUCCGGCUCUCAGGUCCAUAUGGUCAUACGUCCGACUGGAGGAGGUCCGAGCUAUCUCUGGCCGAGGGAAUUUUCUUGGGGAUCAUUCAAGCUCUCUCUAGCCAAACUGUCAGCUACCAGACUGUUCGUUUCAUUCGACCCCACUCCGUACGGGAAGAUAGGGUGCCUUGCUCUCCUGCGGCAUUUCCUUCACCAGACUCUAGUAGGCCAGAAGGUCUGUCAGUUUUUCUGGACACGACUAGAUGCGCACAUUAAAAAACUGAACGGUUAUCAUACGCAUCCGGAAUUGCAGAAGCUCGAGCCCUGGACGACUCCAUUCUGGAUGGGCAAUUCUCUGAGCAUCCACAAUUACGACACGAACUGGUUUGACUUUGUUCGAGAAGGGAAGAUCAGCAUACACAUAGCGGAUCUCGCUUAUCUGUCAAAGGGUCGAGUGCACCUGUCGACUGGAGAGAUGCUAGAUGCUGAUGCCUUGGCAUGUUGCACGGGCUGGAAAACGGUCCCUACUAUCCAGUUUGACACGUCAUGCGCCAUGGAAAGAGCGAGACUCGGAAUAGCAAAGGGGGCGGGCACAUGCAACUCGGUUGGCACUGAAUGGGAAAUCAGUCGGCUAAUCAGCUAUCUCUCAUCUGUCCCAAGAAGAGUUGGAAAUGCCCCGGCAAUUCAGGAAGGUCAGAUUCCGCAACUUUCUUCCUCCUAUCAGCUUUACCGCAUGGUUAUCCCAAGCCAGCCUGUCUUCCUAGAGAAGAAGAACUUAGCUUUUAUUGGAUUGCAUUCCUCCGUCCACGCUGUGCUAGUUGCUCAGGCCCAGGCUCUUUGGAUCAUGGCUUUUUUUGAUGACAAGAUAAGGCAUCUUAGUCCUCUGCAUAUUAAUAUCAAAGCUGUGGAAUACCGCAGCUUUCAAGAAGGCAUAUAUGAGAGAUACGCUGCUCAGGGAUCUUGGGUUAGCGCCGAAUAG